GUGGCAGUGGGCACACCUGAAGAAACAAGGUCCAGGAGCAAUCAGCACAACUUACGACUCCAGAGGAAGGAGUCCAGAGACAGAGCACCAUGACUUCUGAGAGAGGUAAAGCGGAUCCGGGGGCAAGUACUCUCGAACAAGGUCCUUCCAGUGGUGAUCCCACUCUGAGGAGAAGAAUUGAACCAUGGGAAUUUUACAUCUCCUAUGACCCCAAAGAACUUUGUAAAGAGACCUGUCUGCUCUACGAAAUCAAGUGGGGCAUGAGCUGGAAGAUCUGGAGAAGUUCAGGCAAAAACACCACCAAUCAUGUGGAAGUUAAUUUUAUAGAAAAAUUUACGUCAGAAAGAUGUUUUCACUCGUCCAUCAGCUGCUCCAUCACCUGGUUCCUGUCCUGGAGUCCCUGCUGGGAAUGCUCCCAGGCUAUAAAAGAGUUUCUGAGUCAGCACCCUGGUGUGACUUUGGUGAUUUAUGUAGCGAGGCUUUUUCAGCACAUGGAUCAACAAAACCGGCAAGGACUCAGGGACCUCGUUAACAGUGGAGUCACUAUUCAGAUUAUGAGAGCAUCAGAGUAUUAUCACUGCUGGAGGAAUUUUGUCAACUACCCACCUGGGGAAGAAGCUCACUGGCCACGACAUCCACCUCUGUGGAUGAUGCUGUAUGCACUGGAGCUGCACUGCAUAAUUCUAGGUCUUCCACCUUGUUUAAAGAUUUCAAGAAGACGGCAAAAUCGACUUACAUUUUUCAGACUUCAUCUUCAAAACUGCCAUUACCAAAUGAUUCCACCACACAUCCUUUUAGCUGCAGGGCUGAUCCAGCCUUCCGUGACUUGGAGAUGAACAGAGUGAUUCCACGUGUGUCCUGACUCAAGAACAAGCAAUGACCCCCCACUAAAGGGUGAAUGCCAUUUAGAAUCUAGAAAUGCUCACAAGGUACCCCAAAACUCCGUAGCUUAAACCAACAAUAAAUACGUAUUAUCGCUCACA